AUUAAUGUCUUCGAGUUUCCCACUAAGCAAAGCUAGAGAGAGACUGAAAGUAGUUCUGUUUGGCUUCAAGACUCUCGAAACCCUUCCUUCCUAUAUAUACAAGCUUCAAGAGUGGACAAGAGUGGUAGUCUCUCUCUCUCUCUCUCUCUCUCAAGGGUGGUGCUGGCGGCUGCUCAGCUUUUGAUCUGUCUUGUGCACGCGAGGAUAUGGGUACACAGAUUAAUUUGGUAAGCAUGUGUAGCCCACAAGCACAACAUGUACCAGCAGCUGAAAUCCAAUUUAUGGCUGGCGCUCCAACAACAGGACUAGGCAUUCAGUCUCCACCAAAUUGUGUGAUCCACAUACCUUCGCCUCAACCUAAGACACCUUCACUCCAUCUACUACAGGAAAACAAUGGAGAAGCAAGAGAAAAGUAUCUUAGGUUAUGUGUGCCCCUCCAUAAAGCUGCUCUAAGAGGCGAUUGGAAAACUGCUAAAAGCAUUCUUAGAAAGGAUAAGAAACUUUUAACUGCUAGCAUAACAAAGGGAUGGGAAACUGCCCUUCACAUUGCCGCAGGAGCAAGACAUGUUCACUUUGUGAAGGAACUGGUCCAAAUAAUGGAUGCAGAAGACUUGGCACUGCAAGACAAUAAACAAAAUACUGCAUUGAGUUUUGCCGCUGCAGCUGGAACGGUAGAAAUUGCUGACAUUAUGAUACGAAAAAAUAUAUUUUUGCCAACAAUCCGAGGGGGUGAAGGAAUGACGCCAAUAUAUAUGGCUGCUUUGUUGGGACAGUCUGAAAUGGUGGAGUACCUGUACCCUAAAACUUAUGAAAUAUUUGACGAAAGGGACCGCAAUGCGCUGUUUUUUACUUGUGUCGAUACAGGUCUCUAUGAUUUAGCCAUGAAGAUGUUAGGAAAUUAUACAGCAUUAGCUACGGUUCGUAAUGGGGAAAAUGAAACAGCCUUGCAUGUCUUGGCUCGAAGGCCUUCAGAAUUUGCUAGCCAAAGUUCAGGAUUGUGGAGUAGAAUCACCAAUUCAUUUUUGAAGUUUGCAUACAAGGGAAACUCGAAGCAAACCAAAGCCCUUCAACUAGUUCAACAGCUUUGGGAAGAAAUCUUAAAACUUGACGACCAAGUGGUCAUGAGCUUGAUAAAAUAUCCUUCACAACUACUAUUUGACGCUACAAGAUUAGGAAAUUUUGAAUUCCUGGCUGCACUUUUAAGCACUUAUCCUGAUUUAUUUUGGGAACUCGACGAAAAAAAACGAAGUAUAAUCCAUGUUGCAGUUUUGCAUCGUCAUGCAAGUAUCUUCAAUCUAGUGCAUGAGAUCGGCUUUUUCAAGGACUUCAUAACGGCAAUGAGUGAUGAUGAUGAUAACAACAUAUUACAUCUGGCUGCAAAAUUAGCACCUCAAAAUCAACUCAAACUUGUGUCAGGAGCAGCUCUUCAAAUGCAGCGAGAGUUAGUAUGGUUUGAGGAAGUUAAAAAGAUUGUGCAAGCUCUCUCUACAGAGAUGAAAAACAAGAAUGGCAAAACACCGAGAGAAUUAUUCACCAGUGAACAUAAGGGGUUAUUGCAUAAGGGAGAAUCAUGGAUGAAGAACACUGCAAAAUCGUGCAUGCUUGUCGCAACCAUUAUUGCCACUGUCGUGUUUUCAGCUGCAUUUAGCAUGCCAGGCGGUAUAGCUGAUAAAACAGGAGCACCAAAUUUCGUAAAAGAGACAGCAUUUCUAAUCUUUGCAAUAUCAGAUGGAGUAGCCCUCUUUUCCUCUUCAACUUCCAUGCUGAUGUUCUUGUACAUCCUCACCUCGCGGUAUGCAGAAAACGAUUUUCUCAAAUCCUUACCGUUGAAGUUAAUGGUAGGACUCGCAUCACUCUUCAUCUCCAUGACAUCCAUGAUGAUAGCCUUCAGCACAGCCUUCUAUUUAUCUUGUCACUACGGAUUAGGUUUCGUCUCAGAUUUUAUAUUUAUAUUUGCAUUUGUUCCAGUUGUCAUGUUCCUUUUUUUGCAAUAUCCACUCUUGUCCGAUAUGUUCUUGUCGACAUAUUGUUCCAGUCUUAUAUUUCAGCCAAGAAAACAUAUGAUCCAAUAGAAAGUCACGGCCUCAUUAAUAUGAACGCUCUAACUGAAACCUUCCGUACACAAUCAUGUAUAUGUUUGUAUAUUCCAGCUUAGUUUUGUAAUAAAAUAAUAGUGAUCAUCAA